AGAGCACCAGACCAGAGCACCAGACCAGGCUUGCCUGAAAUCGCCCCGCAUUAGCAAAGCAGCAGGCAGCCGCGCGCCGAUGCCGCCCCUUGCCGCCGCCGGCGACCUCUGCUGAGCAUGGCCGCCGCCCCCGCCGGCCCCCAGAACCGCUGCGUCUUCGUUGGGAACAUACCUUACGAUGCGACGGAGGAGCAGCUCGUGCAGAUAUGCGAGGAAGUCGGCCCCGUGGUCUCCUUCAGGCUGGUUGUUGACAAAGAAACUGGGAAGCCGAAGGGUUAUGGGUUUUGCGAGUACAAGGAUGAGGAGACUGCUCUAAGUGCACGUCGGAACCUUCAGGGUUAUGAAGUUAAUGGCCGUCAGUUACGUGUUGAUUUUGCUGAAAAUGGGAGGAACACUGACAGAAAUAGAGAAAAGGGUCGUGGAGGACCAGGAAUGGCAUCUUGUGUUGAUGCUCCGAAACAGCCAACUGCGACUCCCGUUGUAGGAGACACCAGCCUUCAUCAGCCUGUUGGUCUUCCACCAGCAAUACAUGCUGCAUCUGUGAUGGCUGGUGUUCUUGGUGCAGCUCAAACUGCAAAUGUGCAAAAUGGUUUACCUGUCCAAUAUGGACUUGGAAACGACCCUCUUACCCACUACCUGGCCAGGAUGUCAAGACAUCAGUUGUAUGAAUUCAUGUCUGAGUUGAAGACCCUAACUACUCAAAAUAAGGACCGUGCCAAAGCACUCCUGCAAGGAAUUCCACAGCUUCCAAAGGCCCUAUUUCAGGCACAAAUAAUGCUCGGGAUGGUGACACCUCAGAUGCAGAUGCAGAUGGCGAAGAACCAACAACUCUCUAGCUCAUUGACACAAUCUUCUGCUCACCUCAAUGAAUCAUUUCCGCAACCAGAUGCUGUGAUACCAGUUGUUCCAAAACAGGAACCAACUGCACCACUGCAUAAUUUUCCUCAGUAUCAGCAUUCGUCUCAGCCUCCAAUCAAAAUAUUUCCGCAUGGACACCAGUAUCAGCUUUCGUCUCAACCCUUUAGCACCUCUUCCAGUGUUCCUACUCAACCCCUUGCAACCUCAGGAGGCUUGAUAUCGCAAGUCCAGCCUCCAUUUUUGCCACAGCACCCUAGACCACAAGUUAUGCCAACUAAUGUACAGCAACUACCUUUGACCAAUCCUCAUCUCUCCCAGGUUGCUGCUGCGCCUGAGAUACCCAUGAAGGAAAUUAGAUUGCCUGAUCGAACUAGUUAUCAGGCAGAGUUAGCUCAUCCUUCAAAAUUACGGAAAUUGGAGGAUGGAACAUCAGCUUCUGGAAAUGUAAACAAUAAUGCUGCUGUUUAUCCCGCUCCAUCACAGGUAGUGGUCCCUUGUGGGCCAUCAGGGAGCUGCAGUUCUGGUGCUGUUAACUUUCAGCAACCAGAGAACGAAGCGCCUCAGCUCACGCCCGACGACGAAUCAGUUCUUCUGCAGCAAGUCUUGCAACUGACACCUGAGCAGCUGAGUUCGCUGCCAAUUGAGCAGCAGCAGCAGGUGAUCCAGCUUCAGAAGAUGCUAUCAGCUGGUAAAUAGAACCAGCUGACUAGGCACACCAAAAUUCUUAGUUAACCGUACAUGGACAGCAUCGCAAGAAGCCAAGAAGUGGCGAAACUGGACACAAUCCUCGAUUCAUCUAGCUACACAUGUAACUUCUCAACUUUGUUGGCAUCCAUGGGUCAUCAGUUUUGCUCCUGAUUAUUUAUAUGGCAUUCUUUGUAAAGUUGAAGAUAAGAAUGUACUACUCCCUCCGUCCAACAAAGGAUGUCUCAACUUUCAUCAAAUUUGAAUGCAUCUAUACACUAAGUCACAAACUUGAGACAUCUUUUGUUGGACGGAGGGAGUAGUAAAGAUGCUGUGAAGAAAAGCGAUGAUUGUCCAUCAGCUCUGUAACAUUUUAGAAAAGAAUAAUCUGUAUCAAAGAGAAGGGAAGCGUGUUUCUGUUCCCGUGUGAUUUGUAGCAUCAGAUGUUCUUAUUUGAAUUUAUUUCAGGCUCCGAACACUAUUGCAGAAUGUAUAUGAUGUUUUGCAAGAUGAAUUACAAAUUUGUUACACCAC